AUGAUAACAUGGAUUAACUUAAUGGAAUCUAGUGGAGCAAUUCUAUCAGAUUCGAUGUUAAUUACAAAAGCUCUUAAAUUUGGAAAAAAUUUUCCAGAAUUUAAAGCAAGUCGUGGGUGGCCAGAAAAGUUUAAAUUACGAAAUGGUGUCAAGUUAAGAAAAUUUCACGGAGACAGUGGAUUAGUAAAUCAUGAUGAAAAAUCUAUUACUGAUUUUAAUGAAACAAUGAGUUUAAAAAUUGAACAAUAUGGAUUGGACAAUGUUUAUAAUGCAGAUGAAACUGGUGUUUUUUACAAGGUGAUUCCUUCCAAAAGUGUGUGCAUUAAAUCACGGCCUGGAAUAAAGUUGUCAAAGGAUCGAUUUUCGUUACUAUUAUGCGCAAAUUGUUCUGGUUCCGAUAAAAGAAGGCCUGUAAUGAUAGGAAGAUUCAAAAGUCCAAGGUGUUUUAAAAAUUUCAACAUUGGAAAAUAUGUUACCUACACCCAUUCCAAUAAGGCAUGGAUGAACCGUGAAAUUUUUAACAAGUGGCUCAGUGAUUUUGAUUGUGAACUUGCGAAGAAAAAAAGAAAAAUUCUACUUGUAAUAGAAUGUCCAUCUCAUCAAAUUAUUGUCACGUUAAACUCAAUUGAAAUUCUUUUUUUGCCUUCUAGAACAUCCUCGCUCUUGCAACCAAUGGAUCAAGGAAUUAUAAAAUGCUUUAAAGCCGAAUUUACCAAUUUGAAAAUAAAUGAUAUAAUCGAAAAGGUUGAGGCAGGGGAAAAUUGUCAGAAUGCAAUUAACGGAAUCACCCUUAAAACUGCUGAGACAUUAACAUUCUUCGCUUGGAAUAAAGUUACUCCUACGACCAUCAAAAAUUGUUUCCGUCAUGCACAAUGGAUAAAAUGUGAAACAAUCACAAUCAACAGUGAAUCUAAGAACUACGAAAAUAAUUAUGAAGAAAUAAUUAAGAAAUUUCAAAUUGAAGAUCCAAUAUCUCAUAGUGAAUUUGUUGAUUACGGAUAUACUGAAAAUGAAGAGCUAAUCGAAUUUUUAGACAAAUCUGAACAAGCUGGUACAUUACAGUCAAAAAAAGUUCAAUCACAACCAAAAUCGGCGGAUUCGAGAGGUUUUACUGUAUUAAUACUUGUUGAUGAAACGGAAAUCAAUAAACAGAAAUUUGUUAACGUUUUUUGUGGGACUAUUGAAAGUCCUGAAAAAAUUUAUUUAUUAAAUUGUUUGGAAAUUGAAAUUUGUGAUGCAUCUGCAAUUUGUAGAAUUGCGGAUGACACAAUUCGAAUUUAUGAUAUAAAAAGGGAAAAUUUAUUAUUAUUUAUUUCUGAUGCUGCCCGUUAUAUGACUUUAGCAGCGAGUACAUUGAAGAUUGUGUAUAUUAAAAUGAUUCAUAUAACUUGUUUUGCUCAUCUUCUGCACAAUUGUGCAUUAAAGAUUAGAGCACAUUAUAAAUAUAUUGACGACUUAAUCUCGUCUAUCAAAAUGUCGAUUGUAAAAAAUCCCUCCCGGAGGAGUCUUUUUACAGUUAUUGGACUUCCACCUGAUGUUGUUCUAACAAGAUGGGGCAGCUGGUUGGACGCAGCAAAAUAUUAUAGUCGACAUCUUUCAAGAGUUCGCAAAAUUGUCUUAUCCUAUCCAAAUUGUGAAAGAUUGUGA